AUGGAGUCGAUCAAAGAAUGCACCAUCGAAUGCAAUCAGAACGUGAUGUGCCGGGCUUUCGAUUACAACGCAGCGAACUCUCAAGAAUGUCGAUUGUUCGAAGGCAACACGAAUACUCUGGGCGAUAUUGUUAUAUCUUUUUCGGCCCAAUUAGCAGUCGGCGCAGUUCAUAUUUCCGCGAACGAUUUCAUUGAAUAUGUCCGUCCAUGUACUUCCUUUUGUGAAAGUCGUUAUUUGAUGUGCGGCAGCAGUUUAACAUGCGAAUGCAUCAAACAUACUUAUUGGGACCAAGUAACAUCCACUUGCUUACCGCAGUCACCAGUUUUUGCAUCGUCUUACCAAUUGAACGUAAGAUGUUUUCAUUGGUACUUUGUUGUUUCUAAAAUAGCUUUGACUUAUAUGACCGGCACAACUGUUGCUGGUUACGGCAAUGGAUCGUCGGGAAAUGAUGCAACAAGAAUUUAUGCACAUCGUUCUAUCUAUGUUUCGCCGAUUGAUGAAACUCUCUAUGUCAGUGUUUCGAAAAAUUGUCGAGUUCAACGUUUCGACUUUGAAUAA